CUCGCCGCUAUGGCGAGGAAGCGCAAAUCAUCUGUCGUGCGGGAGCCUCCCGGCAAAAGGCGGCCGGGGGGGGCGGGAGCGCGGCGGGAACGCGAGGAGGAACGCGAGGAGGGUGAUUUUGUAGAGGAAAAACCCAGCGUAAAGAAGAGCAGAGCCGGAGUUGCAGCUGGGAAGAAGGACGAUGGUGAUGCUGGAGUUGCCAAGUCAGCAGAUAAGCCUUCAAAACAAAAACGGCGAGCAAAAGAAAAUGAGAAAAGCCCUGAAAAUAAAAGGACUUGUCACAAAGAGCAAACGUGCAGUGACUCACUGAAGGCCCCUCAGAAGGAGAUAAAAUUGAAGAGAGAACCUCCAAUUAAAAAAGAGAUGGAUGAAGACAAUACUGAUGAUGAUGAUGAAAGUGAAGAUGAAUGGGAGGACGUGGAGGAACUCCAGGAGCCUGUCAUGGAUAAGUUAGAAGAAGGUGCUGUUCUUCCAGCAGCGGUGCUGCCAAGCAACUCUGUUGAGAUAGAGAUUGAAACCCCAGAACAACUGAAGAGAAGAGAGAGAAGAGAGAAAAGGAAAGCUGAGUUUGAGACUUAUGUUCGGAGAAUGAUUAAACGUUUCACUAAGGAAGUUCGUGAGGACACACAUAAGGUUCACCUCUUGUGUUUAUUAGCAAAUGGUUUCUAUAGGAACAGCAUCUGCAGCCAGCCAGAUCUUCAUGCCAUUGGUCUGUCCAUCAUCCCCAUACACUUCACAAAAGUUCCUGCAGGCCAAGUGGACCUUCUCUACAUUUCCAACUUGGUGAAAUGGUUUGUUGGAACCUUCACUGUCAAUGAUGAACUUUCCAGUGAAGAAGGAGAGCCCCUUCAGUCGACCUUGGAGAGGCGCUUUGCCAUCUAUGCUGCACGAGAUGAUGAAGAGUUGGUUCAUAUAUUUUUAAUUAUUCUCAGGGCGUUGCAGCUGCUGUGUCGCCUGGUGCUGUCCUUACAGCCCAUUCCUCUCAAGGAGACGAAGGCAAAGGAAAAAAGCACAUCCAAGAAGCAGUCGCUCAGCAGUACCUCUGAGGGGCAGGAGAGCUCAGGCACAACACCCAAAGUUGUGGCAAAAAAAUGCCCUUGCAAAAAAGCCAAACGGGAUGAGAAGUCAUCAGGGAGUGAAGAAGACAAUGAGGAGUCAAAGAAAACAAAAAGUGCUCAGACCAAAAGGACACACAAGUCAAAAUUGACAACAGGCAAUAAGGAACAGAAGGAAACUGGAAAUGAGGACAGUGGUUUAGGGGAAAAAGAUGUGCCGGUCAGAACCAAGAACAGUCGGCGGAGACGUGUGGCCUCCAAAGUGUGUUACAAAGAAGAGAGUGGAAGUGAUGAGGGCAGUGUUUCUGACUUUGAGAUUUCAGGAGAGGAAAGUGAUAUCUCUGAUGAGGACUUUGAAACUGUCUCUAAAAAGUGGAGAAGCUCACGAGGUGCCCAGAAAUCAAAGGCAAUGACUAUAAAAAGCCCCAAAAGUGAGACUUCGGAAUCAAGGCUAUCCAGAAAUUCUUUGGGAGCUGAGCCAAGACCAGCAAAAAGCACAGCUCCAACCUUGCCUCAGGCACAGAGAAAGAGAAACAAAAUAAUUUCCAGUGAUGAGGAUGAUGGGCAGCAGAUGGUACAGAAAGUGGUUGGCACAGACCAGUGGCUAGAGGUUUUCCUUGAACGUGAGGACAGGUGGGUGUGUGUAGACUGUGUGCAUGGCAUUGUUGGCCAGCCCCAGCAGUGCUUCACAUAUGCCACAAAGCCACUCUCCUAUAUUGUGGGAUUUGACAAUGAUGGGAGUGUCAAGGAUGUGACACAAAGAUACGACCCAGUGUGGAUGACCAUGACAAGGAAGAAACGUGUGGACCCUGAGUGGUGGGAAGACACACUGCAGCCAUAUAAAAGUCCCUUUGCAGACAGAGACAAGAAGGAGGAAACAGAGUUUCAGGUUAAGCUUCAAGAUCAGCCUCUACCAACAGCAAUUGGAGAGUACAAAAACCACCCUCUGUAUGCACUGAAGAGGCAUCUCUUGAAAUAUCAGGCCAUCUAUCCUGAGUCAGCUGCUAUCCUAGGGUACUGCAGGGGAGAGGCUGUUUAUUCGAGAGACUGUGUACACACGCUCCACUCCAAGGACACUUGGCUUAAGCAGGCUCGAGUGGUGAGGAUUGGAGAAGUGCCUUACAAAAUGGUGAAGGGCUAUUCCAACCAGGCAAGGAAGGCACGCCUUGCAGAGCCUGCAAACCGGGACAAAGCGGACCUGGCGCUGUUUGGUCGCUGGCAGACAGAGGAGUAUCAGCCACCCAUAGCAGUGGAUGGAAAGGUUCCUCGGAAUGAAUAUGGAAACGUCUAUCUGUUCCUGCCCUCUAUGUUACCUGUUGGUUGUGUGCAGCUUAGGCUCCCCAACCUGAACAGAUUGGCACGGAAGUUGGACAUUGACUGUGCUCAAGCUGUCACUGGAUUUGACUUCCAUGGUGGCUACUCACACGCAGUUACUGAUGGCUAUGUUGUCUGUGAAGAAUAUAAAGAGGUGCUGAUUGCUGCCUGGGAGAACGAACAAGCAGAAAUAGAAAAGAAGGAGAAGGAGAAGCGUGAGAAGAGAGCUCUGGGAAACUGGAAGUUGCUGACAAAAGGGCUUCUCAUUAGAGAGAGACUGAAGCAGCGCUACUCCAUCAAGACUGAGCCAUCAGCACCUGAGACAGAGAAAGGAGCAGGAUUCUCCUCUGAUGAAGAAGGCCCAAAUUCAGGGACUGCAGGAGGAGAUGUGGAAAUUUCUUGGCCCCGAAAUCGCCAGGCAGAGCAGCAGAAAGAGAAGACAACCAGAAAAAGCAAGCGAGAAAAGAAGGAAGAAGCAGCACAGUUGUUUCCUUUUGAGAAACUGUAAUAAGUACAAGCAUUUCUUGCUCUUUCCCAACGCAAGAGCAGAACCGUCACAACAAAAGCAUCCUAUGCCAGUUAAAGACUUAGUCUUCUGUUCAUUUGCAUUUCUGAGCUAUCAGGGAAUCAACCAAAUUCAGCACCAAGAAUCUCUUUUGCUAUUGUGGGUAAUUAAGUUCAUUUGUUAAUCCUUGAACUUAGGAGAAGCAGAUGUGCAGCUGUACUUUCCAAGAUCACCAUCUGUACACAGCUGGGCUUUUUGUGCUCCUCUGUAUCACUCAGCACUGUAACAAAUGCAUUCUGAGGCACUACUUCCAUUAGCACUGCCUCUUUCCAAUUUUCUCCUCACCAUUUUUUUCCCGAUUGCCCAGAACUGAAGUAUGCAGCUGCUUUUUAACAGUCUGUGGUAAGCUAGUCAAGAGACCACUACAUCCUCUUUGGUGUUUUAAUCAGACCUUAUCCAAAUCAGUAGUGAGUAGAGUUCUAGUCUCAGCAUCACAGAGAGGGGGAAUACCUCAUGUGGUGUGCAGCCUGCAAUAAAGAUUUGGAUGAACCUGAAAACUUCCUUUCUAAAGAAUACACAUGCCUUUUAUGAAAACUCAACUUUGGCUUUUCAGUCUGCAGCAGGUAUCUUGUGCAUUAGAAAGAAGAAGCCCUGUCUUCAUGGCAAACUUAAGAUUAAAUAUGUCAUCUUAAGUCACUCAAAAAUAUACACAUUUGUUUCAGUUUUGUUUUAUCAAGACUAUUUAGUUUUAUUCUGGAUCCAAACAUGUAGAUCUGGGCCAGGUGUUACUGGCAGAAGUGAAAGUCAGUGAAACUCAGCUUUUGUAAAUGUUAUCCAGUACCUAAACAAUUAAAAACUGUUAGGAGAGGAAUGUGAAGUCUAUACAGGCAGAAAUACUCUUCUGUCUUUUGCUGUAUUUAAAAAAAAAAAAAAAGUAUACACUGUCUCUUUAAAAAUAGAGGUGAAUCCAGUCUACUUGUUGCUGAAUACUGUUACAGAGAAAAGCUACAUAUGCAAGAAAAUGGCUUUCAUUUAACUACCCUAAAAAAAUACAUAUUUUUGUACUGCAUUUGUAGAACAAAUAAACUAAUUAAUGCUAUCA